GAUUUUCUUUCCGAUUCUUCAUUCUCGUUUUUCUCUCAUAUCACAAUCUGCAACCACUUCACUUCUCACUGAUCGCCGGCGUCUUCUCCGUUCAAGUUCCGGUCUAAACAUCAUCAGCGCCGCCUUUUUAAAUUCUCUCUCCACGUUGUAGGAUAAUGGGGCGGAAAGCUGGUGGGCUUUUUAUCAACUCUAAGAGAUUGGGUAAACUUCAAAAACCUUGCAUGAAGGAAAUGACAAUGUUUCUGAGCUGUAUGGCUACAAACCAGAGCGAUGCUCAAGCAUGUGCUCAGCAGAAGGAAAUAUUAAAUGCAUGUAUAGAAUCUCAGAGUAAAAAGAACAGAAAGUCUAUGGGGAGUAUCAAUUAUCAACUGCAGAGGCUUAACCGUGGAAGAUAGUAGUUUGAGAUUUUCCGAUAUUAAUCAUUUUCACAUUUCAAGAGUGUUAUCUGGAAAGCUUGUCAUGUUCCAGCUAAAUUCACCAUAUAGUCUUUUAAAUUAUGUUGAUGGUGGAAUUUCUAGUAUUUCUUUGUUUAACCAUUUAGUUAAGACAAAAGAGUUGGUGGAAUUAUAUUCAAGAAUACCAAUGUAAUUUAUUCUGUAUCAAUUAAAGCUUUGGUAAGCUACAAAUAUUUUCUAAUACCAUCACUUUGUCAUAUA